GCAAGCUAGGGAAGUAGUAGCAUAAAAAGAAGGAGACGGCAGUUGCAUAAUUGCAUUGCACAUGUUCGUCAAAAUUCCUGAGAGAGAGAACAGAACACGAGACAAGACGACAUGGGCAAGAGAGGAGGAGGAGGUUCCGGGAACAAGAAAUCAGCGCAAAAGUUGUCAUCUUCAAAUGGGUUUCACAAUCCAAUCUCAUUGAGAGAAGAGAUCACUGGAAAAAAGCAAACAAAAAGAGGCAACUCUAUCAAUUCCAAGUCCAUGUUAAAGCUCGAGCAUUUGCAGAAGCUUGCAACGUGGGCCAGUGGGGAGGCCGCUAUUCCUUCUUUGGGUGCUCUUUUUGGGCAACGUUUGGCUGCUGUAACGGAGGCCACGGGGGCGCCACCGAACCAUUCUCUGUUUUGUUGUGAGAGAUGUGAAACAAUUCUUCAGCCUGGGUUUAACUGCACUGUUCGAAUAGAAAAGAAUAGGGCAAAGGCAAGACAUAGGCGCAAGAAAACUAAUGGUUUUACACAGAACAAUGUGGUGUACAAGUGUUACUUCUGUUCACAUUGGAAUCUAAGGAGAGGGACCCUAGAAGGACAUAUGAAAGAGAUAUGUCCCUCAAAGGCCAAAACAUCUUUAAAAUCAGAACCUGCAAAAUCCAGGCUUCAGAAGUGCACUAGCUUGGAGAAGAUCACCAGAGGCAAAGAUGAUACCUAUAAAACAAAUGAGAUAGCUUCACCAGCCUUAGCCAGGGAGAAUCCUACCACAAAUGGUCCUGUAACUCCAUUGUUCCCUGCUACAGAUAGUCCUAUGACUCCAUUGGUGAGUAGUGGUUCUACUUUGUUGGAGGCUAGAAGGAGAAAGAGGAAUCGAUCAGCAUUGAAGAAACCAGCUGGACCUGAAAAUGAUUCUACCCCAAUAGAUGUAGAAAAAACUGUUAGCUCAAAUAAACGAAGAAGAAAAUCUUGGACUAGUUUGAAGGAAAUCGCUGAGAGCACUGAGUAUGUUAGCAGUCGAAACAUCACUAAUUUAGCAAUCCCUUUGUUUAUAUAAUUGGGACAUUUUUUUUUUUAAUUCAAUUUUUUUAUACUUCAGUAGAUCAAUACCGUUGGAUGGAAAUCACCGGGUCUUGUGUAAGAGUGAGGGAGAGUUGUUUAUGUUGUACUGAAACAAAAGGCAAUGUUAUCAAAGCAGCUACUACCUAACCAGUUAAUCUAAAUCGAUUCCCAUU